AUGCUCGUGACACUGCAUUCUCGGAUUGCUGACCUCGAUGGGUUAAUCCAAGGGGCAGAGCGGAUUCAAGAUGCUGAGAUAAAGCGAUUUACGCCCUGGAUUUUUCAGCACGUCCAGGUUGUCGAUUGGAACUAUACCGAGUCCUGGCCGGAUGAAAGGAGUGACUUCAAAGACUUUUUCUGGCUUCUCAAUUCUUACUACGCCGAACUCACUGAUCCCGAUGAAAACAGUUUGACCAGUGCUCUUAAGGUGAGCGAGACGAUCAAGCUACCUAGGAAAAAUUGGAAAGUCACUGAAAGAGAGCAUCACGAUCUCUUCAUGAAGUCACAAGAUACUAUACAGCAAGUUCCUCGACUUUACUUUCCUGUAUCGAAGUUUGAGCAAAGAUAUGUUAUUGGUGGGCAGCGGUAUGCCAGUAGGCCAGAUGGCGCAGUUGUGGUUGGUCCACAGGAAAGACGCUUGCCAAUUAUCUCCUUUGUCGGCUGGUAUGAAGGGCAGACUUGGGGCGACUUUAUAGCCGAAAUUCUUAGCAUAAUGUUGGGACAGCUUGCCAAAAAUACCAGUGUGAAACUCCAAGAUCAGGAGGUCUUUGUGGUUGGAAUUUUUUGGGCGAGGUGUUUAUAUCUCCCGAGCAUCUUUCAAAAGGGACUUGAUUUCGCGGUGAAGGAGGACUGGUUUGAGGCUAUGAUAGCUCUCACUGGACUAUUGCGGUACCUGCUCAGUGGAAAUUCUAAAGUCAGUGCUGUAGAGGCUUAUCUCAAUGGGGCUGAAAAGUCUUAG